GCCAAGCCGAGAGGACGUUGUCUCACUUCCCUUGGGCCGCGUAGGCUUCGGAUUGCUUAGCAGAGGAACGCUGAGGCUCCCGCUGGAUGAGACCUGAGCUGUCCGUGCAGCCAGAAAAUCCAGAAUUUCGCACUGAGGGGGUCCAUGGCCCAGGUAAUAAAUCCUGAUCCUCAAGCUAAUUAGAAAGCUCCGCGAAGGAAUGAAGCAUGAAGCUCUACAUACAGUAUUUACUCAAACAUUUACCCAAAGAUGAGAAGGAAUUCCAUGAAGACGCCAUUAACCAAGAUAAUAGUAUUUGAUUUCACAGAGUAAAUUCUCUUUGAGAAGAAAUUUAUGGAUAUCCAAAAAUGAUUGAGAUUGAACAGGCAGAGGCUCAGCUCUCUGAGUUAGACCUGCUAGCCAGUAUGUUCCCUGGUGAGAACGAGCUCAUAGUGAAUGACCAGCUGGCGUUAGCGGAACUGAAAGAUUGUAUUGAAAAGAGGACGAUGGAGGGACGAUCUUCGAAAGUUUACUUUACUAUCAAUGUGAAACUGGAUGUAUCUGAGGAAACAACGGUGAUGUUUUCUCUGGCCUGUAUUCUUCCCUUUCAAUACCCCGAAGUUCUGCCUGAAAUUACUGUCAGAUCAGUAUCACUAAGUAGGUCCCAGCAGACUCAGCUGAACACAGAUCUGACUGCAUACCUGCAAAAGAAUUGUCUUGGAGACGUCUGUAUAUUGAAUGCCACAGAGUGGGUUAGAGAACAUGCUUCUGGCUAUAUGAGCAGAGAACCCAUGCCUUCCCCUGCUCCAGGAAGUACAUUCCAACCAGUUGAUCUCAUUCUCACAAGACUGUGGAUCUAUAGCCAUCACAUCUACAACAAGUGUAAAAGAAAGAAUAUUCUAGAGUGGGCAAAGGAGCUUUCCCUGUCUGGAUUUAGCAUGCCUGGGAAACCUGGUGUUGUUUGUGUGGAAGGUCCACAAAGUGCCUGUGAAGAAUUCUGGUCAAGACUCAGAAAAUUAAACUGGAAGAGAAUUUUAAUUCGCCAUCGAGAAGACAUUCCUUUUGAUGGUACAAAUGACAAAGUAGAAAGACAAAGAAAAUUUUCAAGUUUUGAAGAAAAAGUGUUCGGUGUUAAUGGAGCCAGAGGAAACCACAUGGACUUUGGUCAGCUGUAUCAGUUUUUAAACGCCAAAGGAUGUGCAGAUGUUUUCCAGAUGUUCUUUGGUGUGGAAGGACAGUGACUGGCAGAGGAAUAAUGAAAGUUUUUGUCACUGUUGGCCUUUUGAUUUUCCCCCAGUCUUUCUUGAAAGAUGAAGUAAUUUGGGGCAUCCAGGUGGCUCAGUCAUUAAGCAUCUGACUUUGAUUCAGGCCAUGAUCUCCAGUUCCUGGGACCUGGCGUGCCACUCAGCAGGAAGCCUGCUUCCCUCUGCCCCUCCCCCUGCU